GAUCGGACGCAGCCAAUACGAGAAACGCAUGAACACGAAAUUAUAGAGAUGGCGUGCCCAUAAAAAAUCUCGGCCGGCUCGGACGGACUCAGGCAGGCCCUAUGGAGACAGACCCUUAGGGACCUAUAGACUCGCAGUUCAGCGUGUCGAUACCAGAGCCAAUAAUAAUCAAAGAAAGAAAAAGUGUUUUAAGAUUUUAUGAGACAUUUUUUUUAAUGCAAUCGUAUUCAGAUAUUAACCAUGGAAGAACAACUUUCUGAUAAAAACAAUCCAUGGAUUGAGUUGUCGACAUUGACGAAUUUUGAUAAAGGUGAAAAAGUCUUAUGGACUAGUAACAAGAAAAUAGUUCAACAAAUAUCAUCGAGCAUUUUAAUUAAGUCCCUAAUAAAUCAAUUAUGCACUCUACUAGAAAAUGAUCCAGAUCAAAGCAAACGUCUCUAUUUGUUGUUAUGCAAGAUCAUGCGCAACAUGAAAUUAAUUGAUCCUUCUUGCAAAGCUAAAGGAUUAGAGAUUGUGCAAGAAAGAUAUGUAAAUGCAGUGUGUCAAUUGAUAAAAGUUGCUAGAGCAACAAUAGCUAAAAAUAAUAAUUGUCCAAUUCCAAGGCCUUUUGUUACACAUGUGUCUUUCUAUCAAGAUCAAUUUCAAGAAACAGGUUUCAUUGCUGUUGGUGGCUUUGGAAGUGUAUUUAAGGCAGUACACAAACUUGAUGAGGUGGAAUAUGCUAUAAAAAAAAUAAUAGUGAAGUCUGGAAAAGUCGAAACUAUAAUCAACUAUCUCGAGGAAGUGAAAACUUUAGCUAAAUUGAAUCAUACAAACAUAGUUUCAUACAAACAAGCUUGGAUUGAAUCUAUGUCGACUCCUUGUAUGAUGCAAUUGCCAUCUACAAGUGAAUCAGAAAGUUCUGAAAUUUGUAAAAGCAAAGUUGGUAGCAAUGAUCAUAGUUCAUUAAUUAGUUAUAAAAGUCAAACUUGCAAAAGUUCUAGUGCAAAAGUGCUGCAGCAUAAUAAGAAAGAAGAACAGGAAUUGACUACCAGUGAUGAGUCGAAUUUGGAUAUUGUUUCCUUCAGAGAUGGAAGCAGUGACAAUAAACAAAAUAUUAUAGAAAUCAAUUCUAAAACUAGUACAGAAGAAAGUAUUUCCAGUGAUGAAUCUUUUGAGGAUCGUAGAAUUUGCCGGUACUCUGCUCAAACAAAUCAAUGCACAAUUCUCUAUAUUCAAAUGGCAUUGUGUGAAAGGACACUGAGGCAAUGGCUGGAUGACAGAACAGAACCUACAUCAAUAUUAUUAAUUGCUGAUAUUGCAGCACAAAUUCUUUGCGGGUUAAAUUAUAUUCAUUCUUUGAAAGUUGUUCAUCACGAUAUCAAACCAAGCAACAUUUUUAUAUCCACAUCUGGUAAACUUCAAAUACAGUUAGGAGAUUUUGGGUUAGCUUGUCCAUUGCAAAGAGGUAGUCAUGAUACAAUUGUUGGAACAUGUAUGUAUGCAGCCCCUGAACAAUUACAAGGAGAAUGCAAUCCAAAGAGUGAUAUAUAUAGUCUGGGUAUUGUUCUUUUGGAGCUUUUAAUACCUAUGCAAACAUCUAUGGAAUGUAUAGAAACCAUCAAAAUAUUACAAAAUGGAGGAAUCUCUAAACAUUUAUUGGAUUUGGAUGUUAAAUGGAUAAAUAUUGUCAGCCAACUCAUUAAAAAAAACUCAGCAAAUCGUCCUUGCACAAGCCAACUUUUACAAGACCUGAAGAUUGAUAAAGAUUUGACUAUAAGUAAAUUAUUAAAUGAAAAUUCGAGACUGCAACUAGAAAACGAUCUUUUACAGAAUAAAAAUAAGCAACAAAAUGAGAUGAUUGAAAAUCAAAAAGGUUUUAUAAAAGAGUUGCAAGCUCGGUUAAACCAAUUGAAGAAGUGACAAAAAUUGGUUUCAAGUAAAGUAUUAUGAAAAAAAGUAUUGUAAAUAUUUAUAUAAUACUAUGCAUGAUCUUUUAUAAUUAUAUCUAAAAGUCGUUUGAGUUGUAUGCCGCUAUCAAUUCUUGAAGAUGAUUCUUUAGAACACUGUUUUAGCAAAUAUUUCAGCAUUGGAUACUUCUUAAUAAUGUAUUUAGGUGGAUCAUGCAAAAGUCCAUAACUAUUUGUGCCUAAAUCUUGUACCAGAAUAUGCUGAAAAUUUUAAUUUUAAUUAAAUUAACAAAU